CCGACGGGUUGAGCAAAUAACUAGUGCUCGUCCUGUGCUGGUUUACAGGUUACUUUUCUGCUGUGGAGGGAGAAACAUGGAGUUCGUAUUGGCGUUUGCGGCGUUUCUUGCGGUGGCGGUUUUAAGCAUCGACGGAGCCGACAUCGUGACGCCGCUGAGGAUCGGGGCUUGGAAUGUCCAGCAUUUCGGGAAAGUCAAGAUGAGCAAGCCUGAGGUGGUUUCCAUCAUGGUUCAGGCAAGAGACACGGUUCAGUUUGUGCUUCCAGGUCCUUGGGACUUCUUCAUGAAGGGAGUACUUCGCAGGUACGAUGUGGUGGCGGUGCUGGAGGUGCAGGACGUCACGGAAAGAACACCGAAACUCCUUCUAAGUGCUCUCAACGAAGGACUGACUGACACCUACAACCUCUCGCUGUCCGAACGGGUUGGAAGGAAAAGGUAUAAAGAACAGUACGCCAUCUACUACAAGCCCUCGAGAGCGACCUUGGUGUCCGCCCACCAGUACUCUGACCCAGUUGACGCCUUCGAGUAUGAUCCCUACGUGGCGGUGUUUGAGGAUUCGAAUCAGCUGCGGUUCGGAACUGUCUCGAUCCACACCAGACCGGGUGAUGCGGCACACGAGAUCGAUGCGUUGGUGGAAGUGUAUGAGGAUGUGAGAGUGCAGCUGCAAGGCGCUAGCGACGUGAUAAUCAUGGGUGACUUCAACGCGGGCUGUGACUACGUGACGAGCAGCGAGUGGGCGAACGUCCGGCUGCGACAAGAUCCGCGCUUCAACUGGCUCAUCUCCGAUCACGUCGACACGACGGUCAAGGGCACAAGUUGCCCCUACGACAGGAUCGUGGUGUCUGGAUCCAACCUGACGAGUGUCGUGUACUCGGGCUCAGCCAAAGCUUACUAUUUCGAAGAGGAACUCGGACUCAAAGACCAGGAGCUGAUUGAGGACGUGAGCGACCACUACCCCGUGGAAGUCCGCCUGCGAGGUGCUGUGUCCCGCGAGGUGUUGGCGAAGGUGACUGCGAAUAUCGCCUUUGAUGUCAGUUUCGAAGCCACGCAGGAAGCCCUCGCGAACAUCAUGGACUACAGGAGUGGUGAAAUUUGCAUCGAUACUCCAGAUUACGUGCUCAGGCGUUGGCGGGUGCAGAACAUAAGCGAUGCGAAGGAUUCCGUUACAGUCUUCGCUUUCAAUAACAGACUUCUUGUGCCCUCUGAGGCAUUGUCCGUACUUUUCUACAAGUUAGAGGAAGGAGCACUGACGGAUACCACUUUGUACGGCGCCGACCCUACCCGUUCCAUGUACACGAUAUCCUUGUCGUGCAUACAGGCAUCCUGCUCGCUCUCUGUCACCGCCCCGACUCUGGUCAACUGAAAUAAAUACUUGGGAGCUGAUGAUGAUAAACAGCAAAUUUUAUAUAGAUUGCUUCAUGACCUACCAGAACCCCUGCUCUACACCAUUCUGCGUUAUAAGGAGAGAUCGAUUUCAGUCAGUGACAUCACUAUACCAUCCGACGCGACGCUGUGUGUGUUGAUGUCCCCUGCCAGAGGUUGAAUACGAACAUCAUGCGAGACCCUGUACACGGUGCUGAUAUCUUCGGCAGUGCCUUUCCUUCCACAAUGACCCUUUCUGAAACAAGACAGAUUAGAGGAUUGGGACAGGGAAAUGUCUGGGAACGCUCUCUUUUUACUAUUAUUUUAUUAUUUUACUAUUGAAGGUCAGAUUAUAUACACUAUGAUGUUUUUAAUGGGUAUUCUUCUUAGGAUGACACCUGAGGUCAUGUGUAAUCAAACACCACAUCAUGGACA